UACCCAUAUUUGCAUAUGAACUCCGAUCGAUCUCGCGUCACAUCCGGCAUAUACCUGUUUUCAGGGAAGCAAAAGAGACCUAGAAUAAUUACAAACAGCGUGGAUAUUCUUCAAAAUUAGCCGUAACAGACUCUGUAGAGACCUUGAGAGGUAAUACGCCUACCAAAAUGUUGAGGAAUUUUGCUGCAGGUCUUUAUAGGGAAUGCUCAAAAGGAGUUGGAACAGCUUCGUUUUUGAGAGUUCGUCCACAAGUCGCCACAUCGCAACAUGGGGCAUCAUGCAGUAGCGGCGCCGAAGAGGAAGCACAAGAUGACCCAAACUUCUUUAAGAUGGUGGAACUAUUUUACGAUCGAGGGGCUUCCCUGGUGGAAGACAGACUUGUAGACACACUCAAGGGGCCAGGAUCGGAAAAUGAGAAAAGACUAAAAGUUCAAGGAAUCUUGAGAUUGCUCAAACCAUGCAACCAUGUACUCAGUAUCAACUUCCCUCUGCUAAGAGACGACGGUUCUUUUAAAAUGAUUCAAGCUUACAGGGCUCAGCACAGCCAACAUAGAACACCAUGCAAAGGAGGUAUAAGAUACAGUGAGGACGUGAGUGAGGACGAGGUCAAGGCUUUGGCAUCUCUGAUGACGUACAAGUGUGCCGUGGUGGACGUCCCCUUUGGUGGCGCUAAGGGCGGGAUCAAGAUCGACCCGAGAAAGUUCUCCGAGAGGGAACUAGAGAAGAUCACAAGGAGGUUCUGCAUGGAACUAGCCAAAAAGGGCUUUAUUGGACCUGGUAUUGACGUACCUGCUCCUGACAUGGGUACAGGUGAGAGGGAGAUGAGCUGGAUGGCUGAUACCUAUGCUAUGACCAUUGGGUACCAAGACAUCAAUGCACAUGCUUGUGUUACAGGAAAACCAAUCACACAGGGUGGUAUACAUGGUCGUAUCUCAGCUACGGGGCGUGGUGUGUACCACGGUGUAGAGAACUUUGUUAAUGAGGCUUCCUAUAUGAGUCUCAUCGGUCUCACCCCAGGCUUCGGUGACAAGACAUUCAUUGUACAGGGUUUUGGUAAUGUGGGUCUUCAUUCCACUAGGUAUCUUCAUAGAUACGGAGCUCGGUGUGUAGGAGUGAUGGAGAUUGAUGGUAGCAUCUAUAACCCCAAUGGCAUCCAUCCCAAGGAACUUGAAGACUACAAGCUGGAGCAUGGUACCAUCGUAGGAUUUCCUGGAGCAGAGCCCUAUGAAGGGAACCUCCUGACGGAACAGUGUGACAUCCUGGUACCUUGUGCGGGAGAGAAACAGAUCACAGCUGACAAUGCCAGGGACAUCAAGGCCAAGAUCAUUGCCGAGGGUGCCAAUGGCCCAACUACCCCUGCUGCAGAUAAAAUCCUUCUGGAAAAGAAAGUCUUAGUUAUACCGGACAUGUUCAUCAAUGCCGGUGGUGUGACCGUAUCGUACUUCGAAUGGCUCAAGAACCUCAACCAUGUCAGCUAUGGUCGUCUAACCUUCAAAUAUGAAAGAGAUUCCAACACACAUCUCCUUCAGAGUGUACAAGAGAGCUUGGAAAGGAAGUUUGGUCGCCAUGGUAGUGGCAUCCCCAUCACCCCUUCAGAUCAAUUCAAGGACCGCAUCGCUGGCGCCAGCGAGAAAGACAUCGUCCACAGUGGUCUUUCAUACACCAUGGAGAGGUCUGCUAGGCAAAUCAUGAGGGCAGCGAUGACAUACAACCUUGGUCUCGACAUCCGAACGGCUGCAUACGUAUCGUCCAUUGAGAAGAUCUUCACCACCCAUUAUCAAGCCGGUCUUUCCUUCACAUAAACUCAUCCCUCAAGAAACUUAAAACCUUAAAUAUAUUAUUAAAUUGUAAUAAUGUGAAGGAGUAAUCAUAUAGCUGAAACUAAUUGAUUAAUAUGUAUUGAAACAUUUUGCCGUUUGGGUUAUCUGUCACUUUACAACAACAUAAACAGCCAUCUAUCUUGUCGUUCUCUCCUUUACAUAAACUUGCAUCACAAGAUAGUUCAAACCUAAAAUAUAUUAUGAAACGGUAACAAUGUUAAGGAGUAAUCAUUAUUCAAAUUAGUGAAUUACCAUGUAUCCUUGAAACAUUUUGAGCUGAGAUAGAAAAAGUAUCUUUCACUUUUUACAACAACAACCCACUAUCUAGUCGUUCUCUCCUUUACAUAAACUGGCAUCGCAGGAUACUUCAAACCUAUAAUAUAUUAUGAAAUGGUAACAAUGUUUUAAGGAGUAAUCAUAGUCUAAAUUAGUUGAAAUGCCAUGUAUCAUUGAAACACCAAGCAGUGAGUUUGAAAGUCUUUUCAUUUCACUAUUUAAAGUAUAUAAUUGUGAAGGAAGAAUUGUUUAAUGUUAUUGCAUAGUAAAUGUAAUGUGUUUUUAAUAUUGUAUGGUAGGUUAUUUGGUGCUGUAUCAUAAUAUUCAUAACUUACCCUAGCUUGAUGAAAUAUUAUUUAACUUUCAAGAUACAUGAGCAGCUGUAUGAGCUGUCAUAAUUUGGGGGAAAUUAGUAGGUUUGAUUUCUGGGAGACAGUGAGAACGUCAGUUUCCAAUUUCUACCAGUCAGAGUGUAUUGCUGUAUAUGGUGCAAAAAGUGAUUAGUAUAUUAAAUCAUAACAAAGAAAAGAUAAAUAUCCAAUUGCAAUUACAUAAUUUUGUUACCAAGUAAUCUUAAUGAUUUUAUAAAAUUUCAUCAUGGAACAUGAAUAAUCCAUAGAAUGAAUUGAUGAUAUUUUGUUUAUCAGCUAAAAUGAAAUAUUACUGCAACAAUUAAUAUGUGGUGGAACGCUGCACACAGAAUAUAUGAUGUGAACCCUUGAAAGAAGCAAUAAAAAAAGAAAUAUAUGUCUAUUUCCAAUAUCGCUUUUCUGUUGUUAUUUGGAGUAUGAAAAAUAUUGCCGUAUUUGUUUUGAAUUAUAAUAUUAUCUCCUCUGUAAUGUGAAUAUUGUGUGUGAAGCAGCCUUUACAAAGAGUACAAAACUACCCCAAAGAAUGUUACGUUUAACUUGUGUCUUAUUUAGUUUGAGUGUGUGCAAUGCACAUAAGUUUAAUGUCUUUUAUUUGGAAAGAUUUAUUGUAUGAUUUAAAUCAAUUAUCUUUUUGAUAUAUAUAGAGGUUUCUUCUUACCUAUUUUUGUUUUCAUGAUUGAAUUAAUGUUCUUCAUGAUGUAAAAUUUGAUUUAGCAAGAAGGGAUUAGGUAUUCCUGUUUGUGUAUCUUUUUUUUUUAAGGUGUGAAGUUGUGUACAAUAUGAACAUGUAGCAUAUAGGUCCCUGUACAAAUCAUAUGUGUUCACAGAAUUCAUUUGUCAACGGUUUAACCCAUUACCUUCUGGAACUAGGUGGUUAUUGGACAAAAGCUUAAAGAAAGUACAGAGUGUAGUCAGCAGGUUAACCCAUUGCUUACUGGAACCUGGUGAUCCCUGUACAAAGCUUAUGUGAAUCACAGAAUUCAGUAGUUAACAGGUUAACCUAUUCCCUACCGGAACCUGGUGAUCCCUGCACAAAGCCUAUGGGAAUCAGAGAAUUCAGUAGUUAACAGGUUAA